GUUUUUGUUUCAUUCAUGAGCCCUUGUUCACUUUUUGUCUUAUAGUUGUGAGAAGUGGAUUUAAGAUGACCAGGCUCACAAUUCUAGCAGGCUUAUGUCUGGUGAUAUGCCAGCUGGGAUCUGCCACCCAGAUGGCGUGUUACUUCACUAACUGGUCCCAGUACAGACCUGGUGAGGGGAAGUACCUGCCACAAGAUGUGGACCCCUUCCUGUGCACCACCCUGAUCUAUGCCUUCUCCAUCCUCAACAGUAACAAUGAGCUGGUGACCUACGAGUGGAAUGAUGACGUCCUCUACAAGUCUUUCAAUGCCCUGAAGACCAAGAAUCCCCAUCUGAAGACUCUGCUUGCUGUUGGUGGAUGGAAUUUUGGCUCAAGACAGUUCUCCAUCAUGGUGUCCACUCCAGCCAACCGUCAGACAUUCAUCCAGUCUUCUAUCAAAUUCCUGAGAACUCAUGGAUUUGAUGGUCUGGAUCUGGACUGGGAGUACCCUGGUGCUCGUGGAAGCCCUCCAGAGGACAAACAGAGGUUCACUCUGCUCUGCAGGGAGCUUGUUGCUGCCUAUGCAGCUGAGGCCAAGUCCACUGGCAAUAAUCAACUCAUGCUGACUGCUGCAGUGGCUGCUGGAAAGGGAACCAUCGAUAGUGGAUAUGAGAUUGCUGAGAUUGCCAAGGAACUGGACUUCAUCAAUGUGAUGACCUAUGACUUUCAUGGAACUUGGGAGCAGUUCACUGGACACAACAGCCCACUGUUCCGUGGAUCUGAGGACUUUGGUGACCUCAUCUACUUUAACACUGACUACGCCAUGAAGUACUGGAGAGACAACGGCACCCCAGUGGAGAAGCUGCACGUGGGAUUCGCUUCUUAUGGUCGUACCUUCCGUCUGACAUCAUCAAACACUGGUGUUGGAGCCCCAGCUAGCGGUGCUGCAUCAGCCGGACCAUACACACGUGAAGCUGGCUUCUGGUCCUACUAUGAGAUCUGCGGCUUUUUGAAAGGCACCACCAUUCAUUGGAUUGAGGACCAGAAAGUUCCCUAUGCCUUCAAGAAUAAUGAGUGGGUGGGAUUCGACAACCGGGAGAGCUAUGAGACGAAGGUGCGCUACAUGCAGGAGCAAAAGUUCGGUGGUGCCUUUGUGUGGGCCCUCGAUUUGGAUGACUUUGCUGGACGAUUCUGUGGAGAGGGCAGUCACCCUUUGCUGUCUCAUCUCCGCAAACUGCUUAAUAUUGAGCUCCCUCCACUGCCCCCUACCACCACACCCAAACCUGGUGCUAGCACCACCUCGCCUCCAACCACCACCACCACCGCCACCACCCACGCCCCAGGAUCUGGCUUCUGCAACGGCAAACCUGACGGCCUGUACCCCCACCAAGAUGACAGGGCCAGCUUCUACAUGUGCGCUGGCGGCAUCACCCACGUGAGGCAAUGCGGUAGUGGAUCUGUCUUUGAUGACAGCUGCAAGUGCUGCGUUUGGCCCUAGAGCCAUGAGUUGAGACAAUGUGUGUUAUGAUGCAAAUGUCAUCUAUUAAACAGACUGUUAAAGUUC